CCCCGCCUGUCGCGCAGGGGCGGAGCAGGGCCGUGGUGACUUAGGGCCCCGUCAUGCUGCUGCUGGGACAGCACCUUCUGGGCGGCCGGGCGGGCACGGUAUUCGCCCGGGCGGCCGUCGUUGAGUGUGCGUCGGCGGCGAGAGCGGGCGGGUACCUGAAGAGAGGCGCACUGUGGACAUUUGGCGGGGUCCGCGGUUUCAGAAGCUCCGUCGCAGCCAUGGCCCCUAUCAAGGUGGGAGACGCCAUCCCGUCGGUGGUGGUGUUUGAGAAGGAGCCUGGGAACAAGGUGGACCUGGCAGAGCUGUUCAAGGGCAAGAAGGGGGUGCUGUUUGGAGUCCCCGGGGCCUUUACUCCUGGCUGUUCCAAGACACACCUGCCAGGGUUUGUGGAGCAGGCUGGGGCUCUGAAGGCCAAGGGUGUCCAGGUGGUGGCCUGUCUGAGUGUUAAUGAUGUCUUUGUGACUGAGGAAUGGGGACGAGCCCACAAGGCGGAAGGCAAGGUGCGGCUCCUGGCUGACCCGACGGGGGCCUUUGGGAAGGCCACUGACUUGUUACUCGAUGAUGCUUUGGUGCCCCUCUUUGGGAAUCAGCGGCUGAAGAGGUUCUCCAUGUUGAUAGACAAUGGCGUGGUGAAGUCCUUGAACGUGGAGCCUGACGGCACCGGCCUCACCUGCAGCCUGGCCCCCAACAUCCUCUCCCAACUCUGAGCCCCAUGCCCGGACAGGCUCCUGCUACCUGCUCCUAGUCUGCCUGCCCAGCCAGGCACAGGCCCCAGCACUGCCUUGGUGGCGCCACAGUUGAAAUCUCGGCUAGAUUUCCACAAUAAAUAUUCUAGAUAACA